AUGCGCCUCGAUAACGAUACAUCGAAACAACCGCAAUCACCCUCACACAGCUUCACAAACGGCUCCUCGCGCUCGUCAGGACCUAGGUCGCCCCUCGGAAAGGUUGCAAAUGCAAAUGGCAAACCAAUACCCACAACAUACUUUGGACACGACAGGGACGAGGUCACACGGAUCUUGAUACAGAGUCUUACAGAUCUGGGCUACCAUGAUGCAGCAGGAGCGCUGUGCAAAGAGAGUGGGCGUCAGCUGGAAGGUCCAACGGUGGCGUCAUUUCGCCGCUCGGUCCUCAACGGCGACUGGGACGCGGCAGAAGAGCUGUUGUUCGGUACUGUGAUACACGAUACUGGAGGGGGUGUAGGAUUGGAUGACUCGUAUGGGAGGUCCUGGGGCAAAACCCGGUCAAGAGCGAAUUCACAGCGUUCUGGAGGACUGACCCUGGCCGAGGGCGCCAACAGGGACGAGAUGCUGUUUUGGAUGAAGCAACAGAAGUACUUGGAGCUCUUGGAGCGGAGAGAUUUGGGCAACGCACUGACUGUACUACGACAAGAGCUUACGCCCCUACACCAGGAUGUCGGUCGGCUGCAUGCCCUGUCCAGUCUUAUGAUGUGCCCUUCCGCCGAGGACUUGAGACAUCAGUCGCAAUGGGAUGGCGCACAAGGCGAGUCGCGAACACACCUGCUCUCUGAUCUGUCCAAGUCAAUAUCACCUAGUGUCAUGAUACCAGAGCAUCGACUUUCUGCUCUCCUAGACGAAGUCAAAGACAGCUGGAUAGGGAAUUGUCUAUAUCACAAUACCACAGACUCACCCUCGCUUUACCUCGACCAUAACUGCGAGCGGGAAGACUUCCCCACUAAAGCAGUCUUGGACCUCAAGGAUCAUACAGACGAGGUGUGGUACCUCAAGUACUCGAACGACGGCACAAAACUGGCAUCGACAAGUAAAGACACGACCAUCUUCAUCUAUGAGACCUCAACUUACAAGAUCCUACACCAUCUCGAAGAUCAUCAAGAUUCGGGAGUCACGCAUCUAGCGUGGAGUCCAGACGAUUCCAAAAUCAUCACAUGUUGUUCGCAGCCGGAGAACUCCGCACGGAUAUGGGACGUCAAGACCGGCGCGUGUAUACUAUGCAUCAGCGACUUCACAUACCCGUGUACGACAGCAGCAUGGGCGCCUGACGGCAGACACGUCGUUAUUGGAUCGCAGGACGACAAACUAGGCUGUGGGAUAUGGGAUCUGAGUGGUCGCCAGGUACACAACUUCUGUGAAGACGGCUCGAAACUUCGUGCGAACGACCUCGCGAUAUCGCCGAACGGCGAACGUCUCGUCAUCAUCUCCGAGCACUCGAUUGCUGUCUACGACUUCGUCAGCUACAAGAAAUUGUGCGAGUGGCAUCCUGACUCCAAGCUAACGAGCAUCACGAUUAGCCAAGAUUCGCGGCACAUGCUGGUCAGCAUGAACCCUGAUAUGAUUGAGCUCAUGGAGAUCGAUAGCGCAGACUUGAUCCAGAAGUUUGAAGGACACCAGCAGAAGCAAUUCAUCAUACGCUCAGCAUUCGGUGGCGCAGAUGAGAACUUCGUGGUCAGCGGUAGCGAAGAUUCAAGAAUCUACAUCUGGCGGUCUAACGGGCUCCUUGUCGAAGCUCUCGAUGCGCAUCCCGGCUGUGUCAAUAGCAUUGCAUGGCAUCCCAAAGACCCGAGCGUAUUCGCAUCAGCAGGCGACGACCACAAACCAAACACCAAGGCCGUUUGCAAUACUCAACCAACCCGACCCACAACAAAGAAUCCUUCAAGCCGGAUGUGA